AGCCACUUCCUGUUUACGUUUCCACAAAUGACGUCACGCGGAUAACAUUUAAUCAAACAGUUUCAAAACCGAAACAGAGUUUAACUUGACAAACAACUCCUCAAGGUGCUUGUGACGGCGGGGUUAAUAUAGCUUCCGUCUUAGCUACAUACCGGAGCCCCGGGAGAGUGAGAGACCGACGGGUUGUCCGUCCUGCUCUUAUCUGAGGACCGAAGCAAGCUAACGCUAAGUAGGUGACAAGCUAGCUGGUAGCUAGCUAGCGAGUUAGAAAGAGAAAGUCAGCAGCACUUCUCUAUUAAACAGAGCGGCCACCGUCCGUCAGCAUGGAGAACAAAUACAACCUCAAGAGUCCAGCGGUAAAGAGGCUGAUGAAAGAGGCUGCUGAACUGAGGGACCCCACAGAGCACUACCACGCCCAGCCACUGGAUGAUAACCUCUUUGAGUGGCACUUCUCCGUACGCGGGCCUCCAGAUUCUGAUUUCGAUGGUGGGGUUUACCACGGCAGGAUCGUGCUUCCCCCAGAGUACCCAAUGAAGCCCCCCAGCAUAAUCCUCCUCACACCGAACGGAAGAUUCGAAGUUGGGAAGAAGAUUUGUCUGAGCAUCUCUGGCCACCAUCCAGAGACCUGGCAGCCCUCUUGGAGCAUCCGAACAGCACUAAUUGCUAUAAUCGGAUUCAUGCCAACAAAAGGAGAAGGAGCAAUAGGAUCUCUUGAUUAUACCCCAGAAGAGAGAAGGGCCCUUGCCAAAAAGUCCCAGGACUUCUGCUGCGAGUCGUGCGGCUGCUCCAUGCGCUCUGCCCUCCUGGCUCUGACCCCCAACAGCAACCCUAGCGCCGAGGACGACAAGGCUAAAGAACUGGCUCAGCAAAUCAACUUCAAGGCAGAGUCCAGUUUAUCCAGACAGGCGAGUGAGAGCAGAGGUGCGGAGAGCGAGCCUUCCACAGUCACCCAGGGAGACACCUCCACGUCUGCAGGCCAGGAAUUUGCUGACGGGCCCCGGGCUGAACAGGCAGAGGCAUCUCCAGCCACAGGAGUGGACGGACCCCAGACCCCUGCGGCACCCAGCACCGGUCGCCCUCUCAGCCCCCGGCAGCGUCGGGCCCAGCAGCACAGCCAGCAAGGCCAGAGAGACGGCAGAGAUCCAGCCAGCAGACCGGUGUUCCCACCAGCUCCUCGCCAACCUCAGGAUGAAAGCCACGCGGGCUCGGCAGUCCUCAUCGUGGUGCUCACUCUGGCCCUGGCCGCGCUCAUCUUCCGCAGGAUCUACCUGGCUCAAGAGUACAAGUUUGACUACGAGCUGUGACCAACUAGGCCACCGCACCCCUCCUCACCCUCGAGCCCGCCCCUCCUGCUACCACCCUAACAGAACUAUCAGCUGCUCAAGUUGAACCAGAGCCGAGGCGGUGGCUGACGCUGACUUUCUGCCCUCCCUGCUCUUCAGCAGAGGUUUCAGUCUCCACCGAGGACGAGGAGAGGGGGCUUUCAUUCCUGCAAAGGAGGCGCUCCACUCGCCACAAUGCCUCCUGGGUGUCUUUUAAUCAAUGUGAAUUUUACUCUCCGGAGUGUCAUGCAUUUUUAAAAACGGGAAGCUUUUCUGUGUUUGUGAUCAGUUCAGCAGCCACACACACACCACAUCCCCUUUCCACAUAGUUGUUGUCUAUCCUAGGGCUGCAGCUUGUUCCCGUUAUUGAAUUCAAACUGUAAUAUAAUAUGUCAACAACACAGAAUUAGGGGGUAUUUUUGUCUCAAGGUUAUUAUUUAAUCAAGGAAGGGCUAUAAAGCCUUCGUCUGUAUGUGCUUCAGCUUCCUGUUAGGGUAGGUCAGCCUCACCAUACAGGGCUCUGUUUUAAUGGUGCAAGCGUAGCCACCGCUGUGCUGGCGUCCUCAAGUGCUAAGCGACAUCGGAAUUUUGGACGACCUCAUUAAGCAGUCCCCUCCCUCCUUCACCACAUUGAUAUUCUGCUGCCUGUCCUUGAGGACCGCCUCUUUGUGGAGUUCUCCCUCCUGAUUGGAUAAAGUGGAAAUGGGAUACCAGAGAAUGUAUUGUAUAAAGCAGGGACUCGGGCACCCAUAUUACUGACUGUGUAUCAGUAAUGGCUGUCUAUAUAUAACAGCAGCUCUAAGUCUUAAUUCUCCUGUAUCUCAUGGCACUGUUAAUGGUCUCAUCAUAUUGUAACUGAUGUGAUGUAGCAACAUUGUGCAUUUCAAGAAUAUGAAACACCACUGUUGUUAAGGUAGUAGUUGUUAAGGUGGCAGUGAUGCACAGGGUUGAUGAGCUGUGGUAAUCCCACAUAAACAGGCAGAUGCUGGGUUAUAACUUUCCAUCAUUAACACAGAAGUCCUGCUGCCUUCAGAUGACAACAGGGAUUUAACGAUCUGAAGAAGAGGCUUUACAGUAUAAAGCAGCUGUGGAUAAUUGAUACUGUAACAAUCACUCAUUUUAAUUUACAGACGUGUGUGUGUUACACCACGCUGUGUGGCCACUGUAAUGUGUGACUGCAGGGGUGUUAUCACACUUUCUAGUAGUGAGUAGUUGAAAACAUGCCUUGAAGUCAAAUGUUUUGACACAGACCAUCAGAAAAUAUGACUCUAGGAGGCUCUGGCUAGGAAUAAAAAUGUUCCAUCCAAGUAUUGUCAGGUACUUGGCUGUUCUUUCACCUUUUUAUAUGAACUGACAUCACCAGAAAAAUCUGCAACAGAAGCACGGGAAAACCCAAGUCCCUGUUUCUGACACUGGCCAUGAGAUAAUGUGAGCCUGCAAAUAUGCUGCAAAUGUACUUGCCCUUUCUCUCAGACCACUUAGAGACUGAAUGAUAUUAUAACAUUAAUAUCAUUUAAUAAUGGCAGCCACUUGUGGAAGUGUUACAGAGCCCCUCCCGCACUCACACAUUAAAGGAGAACAUUUUUACACGUCAAAGUCUGUUUACUGGGCCUGGGGAAUACUAGUGCAUAUGUGCAACAAGUGGUAAAAAGCCUUUUGAGUCUCCAGAGGGAGCUUUGUGAAGUCUGAUAAUCUACCUCAAGUGAUGUCACUUGAGACAGCGUCGAUUAGGGUGAAGUUACAAAGUAGGGAUCGACACUGCAGUCAGCUUCUCCCGGUUAGGAUUCCUUCAGUGUUCAUGGUUCAGGAGGUUUCUACUGGGAGCCCAGUUAUCCACAGAGGUCUCCUCCUCUCUAAAACAAACAGACCCGCUGAUUAAAACCACUAAACACACUGAAUAAAGCAAUUCCACCUUAAAAAUCACUGUUUGUCCCAGGCUGUUGGACAGACAAAGGACGUCCAGGGGGGGCUGUGAGCCGAGCUAAUGCUAACGUUAGCUCAGCUUGUUUCUCUGAUAACUUAAGAUCCAGACGUCCGAUGACUAAAAUCCUUCAUCUGGUUCAAAUCUAGAGUUAGAAAGCACCAAGAUCUAAACAGUGGAUGGUAGACAAUGUGGCUUCAGACUGGAUAAACAGUCAAUGUAUGACAAUACGAUACGUAUCAUGAUACAGGGUCUACGAUUCAGUGUACUACAAUAAAUUGCAAUACUGUAAGUAAGGCGACAUAUUGUGAUUUUUUUUUUUUUUUAUCAAAUUUUAGGAAAUUUGUCAUAGUAUAAAGAACACACCACUGUAUGCAUACAUUUAAAAAAAAAAGUCAAAGUUUAGUGGGAUCUGCAGAGAAUCCAUAUGGUAUCAAUAUAUUACUCAAUAUACAAAUAUAUCAAUAUAUACUUAGGUGUACUGUUAGCGGUAUGGUUGCAUUGUGGGUAAUCUAGGCACUAGAUUUUGACAAGGUGUGGAUUAAAUAAUAUGAUCGCUGGUUCUGCUGUAUUGAUUAAGAUCCUUUUUGGGAUGACGGUGUGAUUGGAGAGUUCUCUUUUUUAGGGUGGUCACAGAAUAACACCUGCUGUAAUCACAUCCAAUUGAGGCAAUUUAAAUGCAUAUACUGGUUGGAGGGUGUCUAGUUGAAAGUGUUUAGGUCCAGCGUUUGUAAUUGUUUGUGUAGUGACUGCUCCAGAAACAGACGCGGCUCUGAGACGUCUUAUUCUCAGUGCAAUUUCUCAGUCCCAAUUUUCACCAAAAUACCACCUACCUGCUAUGUGCUGCCUCAUUUUCUUUUCUUUUAUUUAUAUGGUAUUUUUGGUAUUUCUGCUUCAUUUAGAUAGUGGCAAGAAACAGGAAAGUCAGGUGAGAGAGAGAGAGGGAGAGAGAGCAAGAGAGAGAUGGGAUGACACGCAGCAAAGUGCCUGGGCUGGAAUCGACUCAUGGUACGCGCUCUACCAGGUGAGCUCCCGGGGGGCGCUCACCUGCACUGGGCUCAAUACCAAAAGCAAAAAGAGAAUGUGAAGGUCAGGAAAAUAGCGAGCUGUCGCGCACUGCUUGUUCUGGUCGAUGUGCUUCCACUAAAAUAGAGCCAGGUGUAAUGAUUCCCAGCAGUCCUGUGAGGCGAAUGAGUUGAUCCAGGGUCGGCAACAUGUUUACUCAAGUACAGCAUGAGGGGAAAGUUCUUUGAACCGGCGGUAAUGUUUACUGGUGAGAUAAUUUGAGGGAUUAUAUCCACCAGUAAACAUAAGUCUGGUCUUCAGAAAACAGUGAAGCUGCUGUCAGCCUGUUUAUGUUCAACACAAGUCUGACUCUUUGGAUUCUUACUCUGCGUCUGAUUCUGCGUUUGCACCUACAUACAGAUUUUAUUUAUUUUACUUUUCAUUUUUCUGUGGACAUUGUAAUCCCAUUCAUUUGUACCCCACGCUGCCUCUCCCCUGCAGUUUCAUGGUAUUCACACCACAUCCCUGUGCAUUAAUCUCUUGUUUGGCUUGCAUUCUCUGAAGCUGUAUGCAAACAGUCAUUUUCCCCCCCUUGCUUGUGUAAAUAGACCCAAACACUGUCUAACGUUUACCCUCUUUGAUAUACUUUGAGUAGGGGUUUAUCACUCUGAUGAGACUCCAAGGAACUGGGAAGCAAUUUAAAUUCACUCUUUGCACAUCGUAGCUGACGGCUUUUUGACAUGUACUGCGAGUUGGCAGCAUACAAAUAGCUCAGAGGUAGUUGUAGCAGUCUACCUGUUGAGGGGGAACAAAUCUGUCUCUGUAGUUUUCUUUCAUUUGAGCAGCAUCUUCUACCUGCACAUGUCCGGGUAUUACUUGAAGGCGGCGGGGAUUCUUUAUGAAUAUCCAUAUUCUCUGAAUCUCUCCAUGUCUCUCUCUUCAGUUAUUGUGCUCACAGCUGGUAUACUGGGAUAUAAACAGAAAAUAAAUCGCUUGAAUGAAAGAA